CAGAGCAUUUGUAAUAUUAUAUGUAGGACAUGAGGCCCAUCCUGGACGAUAUCAACCCCCUGCUAUGAGAAGAGUACUUCCAGGAAAAUCCCGGUGGACAAUCGGCUACAGCACCCGCCCGUAGAAACCGCACUAGGCCAAUAAAACACCACAUGCCAACGAUUCACCAUCUCGGACACCGCCCUGCAUGAUGCUGGCCACGUCGCUGGCCCCGAUUCUCUCAACGUUUCUCGUUGCGGUCAUCUGGCUGGUCCGCCUCAGACAUGUUUACGACGUGCUCAGCCCAGGCUGCGGCGGCCCCCAUCAGCUUCCGUGGCGCGCCGUCGUGGCACGGAAGCUCGACGCGGACAGGGCCAAGAUACCGAGGGAGUGGCGGCUGGAGAAGGCCGUGGUGGACCGGGCUAGGUCUCGGCAGAGGAUCGCCGGCGAGUUCAUAGAGGCGCUGCUGGACGAGGAGACGCUCCGCAUCACCGCCAUGGACGUCGCGGCCCUCGUCGAGAAGAUGGGCAACGGGGCUCUGACCGCGGUCCAAGUGGUGACGGCAUUCUGCAAGCGCGCAGGGAUUGCGCAUCAGCUUAGCAACUUGCUUCUCGAGAUCGGCUUCGACCUCGCCAUUGAGCGGGCCGAGGAGCUGGACAAGCACUUCAGAGAGCAUGGGAGGCUUGUCGGGCCCCUCCACGGCGUCCCGGUGACGCUAAAGGAUCAGUUCCACAUCAAGGGCCUCGAGACAUCUGCCGCCUACGUUGGCUGGAUCGGCACGUUCGAGGGCAAAAGGGGGACCGGCAAGGAGAAGCACUUUGAGAGCGAGCUCGUCCGCGAGCUGAAGAGCCUGGGCGCUGUUCCGAUCGGUAAAACGACCCUUGUGACGAGCAGCUGGGCCCCAGAGACGAACAACAACAUCCUUGGAUAUGCGAGAAACCCGCACAACCAACGCCUGUCCACCGGCGGCUCUUCCGGAGGCGAGGGAGCUAUGCAGGCUCUCCGAGGCAGCGCGUUUGGCAUCGGAACUGACUCUGGAGGAUCCGUAUCCAUGCCAGCAUCAUUUCAGGGUGUCUUUAGUCUCAAACCAUCCGCCGGCCGGAUUUCCUCCAAAGACAUCGCAGGCAUCUCCCCGGGUCAGCAGGCUAUGCCUGUCGUUACGGGAAUCAUGGCGCACUCGGUUCAAACCCUGCGUCUGGUCUUCCGAACGCUUCUCAAUACUGAGCCAUGGCUAAACGACCCGUACUGCUUACCCAUUCCCUACAGAGAGGCGAACGAGUAUGUCCCUGGGAAGGCGGCCGAGAAGCCGUCGUUUGGGUUUUUUGCCCACGAUGGCAUCGUCACCCCUCAUCCUCCAAUUUUGCGUGCGAUGGAUAUUGCCAGAAGGGCGCUCGAGCUCGAAGGCUAUGGGAUUGUCGAUUGGCAGCCACCAUCGUACAACGAGAGCAUCGCGAUCCACGGGCCGAUUGCUCGUGGUGACGGCUGUCCGGACGCGUACGAAGCCAUCAUGCUGUCUGGGGAGCCCAUAGUACCAGAGAUUAGACGCGUUUUUCCUGGAGGGAAGCCGCUGCCAUCUAUAACGCUGCGGGAACAUGAGCAGCUCGUGGACCGGAUGAAGAUGUACCGUUCAAAGUGGAACGACUACUGGCGCUCCUCUGCUCAAAGAACCGACAACGGUCUCCCGGUGGGCGCAGUCUUGUCGCCCGUUUCCCCGUACGCUGCGGUCUUGCCGGGCAAGUUUUACCAUUCCCCAUAUUCGAGUGCCCUGAACGUGCUCGAUUACCCGACGGUCGUUAUCCCAGUCACUUUUGCAGACAAGGACGUGGACACUGUAGCCCCUGACUUUGAGCCGCUAACCCACGCGGAUAGGAUUAACAUGAAGGCUUACGACCCCGAUGUUUACGACGGCGCGCCAGCGAGCAUCCAGCUCUUUGGGCCGCACCUGGACGAAGAGCGGCUGUUGUCACUGGCACAGGUCGUAAUGGACGCCCUGGAAAAGUACAAAAGAAGGCGCAAUUAGUUGAUUUGACGGUGUUGUUGUAGGGGCCUUCAGUCGGAUGGUGUUAUCGCUGGAGUGUUGGUCUAAUCCCGUUACGGUUUUGGGGCCGUGGGAGUCGCCGUUUUUGCUCGGUGGGUCAUUACGUUAUGCGUGUUGAUUGCGCGAUCCACAGCCAUGGAAUCUUCAUAAACUUCAAGUGAUCGGCACAAUGCGCAUCGCCCGGCUUGUUUUGCACAGAUGUGCUUCCUGUGGCGCCCUUAACGACCAGAGCCCAUGACGAUGCCGGCGGCAAUCCCCUCCAGCGGUUGUGCGCGUCUGCCUCGUCGUUGCCCG